AUGGCCACCACCGCCAUCCGCUCCCGCUUCUGGCGUGGAGGCGUCUGCAAUGCCCUUAUCUUCCGCCGAGCAGACCUUCCCGCAGAUAGAACAACCUGGCAGAAAUUGUUCGCCAACGCAAUGGGAUCUCCGGAUCCCUACGGGAGGCAACUCAACGGCAUGGGCGGUGGAGUAUCAUCUUUGUCCAAGAUCUGCAUCGUGUCCCCGUCCUCUAGAGAGGAUGCCGAUGUCGACUUCGAGUUUGUGCAGGUUGUCAUUGAAGAUGGAGCCCUGGAUCUGGCUAGCAACUGUGGGAACAUGACUGCUGCCAUCGGUCCUUUUGCCCUGGACGAGAACCUGUUUUCGCCUUCACCCACCCAGGUCUCAAAGCAACCCGGCCAUACAACUGUCAGAAUCUUCAACACGAACACCAAAAAGGUCAUUGUGUCUACCUUUCCCAUUGUCGGCCACCCGCCCCGGUUCCAACCCCACGGGGCUUACAAGAUGGAUGGUGUGCCAGGGACCGGCUCCAAAAUUUCCUUGUCGUUCCUCUCUCCUGGAGGCACGCAGACCGGGGCUGUCUUUCCCACUGGACAAGGCAUCACUUCAAUGACCACCACUGGCAAAGAUGGCGGUCUUGUCAAGGCUUCACUCGUUGACGUUGCGAAUUCCGUUGUUUACGUCGACGGUGCCUCCUUUGGUAUCACUCCCGGGGUCACGCCCGCUGAGCUGGAUCAGAUGACCGAAACCAUGGAAUCUCUAGAAAGCAUCCGUCACGAGGCUGCAUCUCUGAUGGGGAUGAACCCGGAUGUUGCCAGUGUCCCCAAACUUGUCAUCCUGUUUCCACCCCAGGGCAUAAACGUCAACAUCACAUGUAUGGCAUUGUCCAUGGGCCAAGCUCACAAGGCUAUUCCUUUGACGUUGGCUCUAAAUCUCGCUGUGGCAUGUCGAUUUGAGGGUAAUUUAGCGUCCGGGCUUGUGAAACACACGGGAGGAGAUGGCAAUAUUACGAUCCAACAUCCCAGUGGUACCAUCAUGGUAGGGACGGAUAUCAGAGGAGACGACGUUGAGAGUGCUACCAUUUAUAGCACGGCGAGACUUUUGAUGAGGGGAGAGGUCAAUGUUGAUUAG